AAAAAAAUUUCCCACUCAAAAAACGCCCGCAUCACGAGGCCUGCCCCGCGAAGCGAGGCUCAUCGCAGUAGAUUUCGUAUUUCGGAGAGGGCUGGCAGCCGCUCGCAAACCCAUCGCCGAGUCCGACGCAAAAAAGAAAACAUAGCGGAGUACGCCGGAAAACUAUGGAACAGCAGAAAUCAAGGAACUCCAAGUAUCCUGGUGCAUAUGCAGUACAAUGCAGUAAAUGUUUCAAAUUCAGGCUAAUUCCAACAAAAGAAGAAUUUGAGACUAUUAGACACAACUUCAUUGAGGAUCCCUGGUUCUGCAACAAAAAUCCUAAUGUUUCUUGUGAUGAUCCUGGUGAUAUAGAGCAAGAUGGAACUCAAAUAUGGGUUGCUGAUAAGCCAAAUGUACCUAAGGCUCCCCCUAAUACUGAAAGAAUGCUGACCAUGAGGAAGGAUUUAUCCAAACUGGAUUGCCACUAUACCAUGCCCAAUGGGAAGAGAGUCAGGAGCACUGUGGAGGUGGAGAAGUUUUUGGAAGCCUAUCCAGAAUAUAGAGAUCAAUUUUCUGUAUCAAGCUUUAGUUUUACAUCCCCAAAGAUAAUGGAAGAGUUUGUACCUAGAAAUUUGGAGGGGAGAGAAUCAGCCAAGAGUAUGAAACUGAAGACAGAGAUCCCAGAGGACAACUUUGGGAGUAAUUCUAAAGGGAAAGCAUUAGAAAGGAUUAAGAAACUCAAGAUGGAAGGUUCACAGAACAAUUUGGAGAGAAAUUCUUCGGUGCAAGCUUUGGCCAUAAUAGAGAAGCCCAAGACAGAAGGCUUAGAGGACUAUUUUGAGGGGAAAGCUUCAGCAAUAGUUGAGAAGCCAAAGACACAAAGUUCAGACAACUCUGAAGGUGAAUCUUUAGCAAUAGUUGUGAAGCAGAAAACAGAAAGUUCAGAAGACAAUUCUGAGGAGAAAGUUUUAACAAUAACAGAGAAACAACAAACAGGAAGUUCGGAGGACAACUUUGAGGAGAAAGCUUUAGCAAUAGUUGAGAAGGCAGAUAUAGAAAGUUUGAAGGACAAUUCUGAGGAUUUUCGCAUGGAAAGCUACAUUAGCUCUUUUUCAGAGGAAGCUUCGGAAGCUUGAGAUUGUCAAAUGGUACAAAUGGGCUUACCCUCACAUCUAUUUGCUGCGGUGUGGCGUACAAAGAAUUACUCUUCCUAGUUGUUGUGGAACUUGUUGCACCGAAACAUGAGUCUAGUGAUCUAGAGACAAGGAAGGCAUUGGUUGAUCUACUACAGUGGAAAAUGAAGCGUUGAUCUACAUACAAAAACAAGAGCAAAGAAGUUGAUUGUAGCUGAUCCAGCAAGAGCCCUCCAAUGCUCAACUUAAACAAAAUUUUGGGGAAUAUGAUAUGCAGAAAGACCAAGGAGAAGAGGAAGUAGACAGCUUGCAACUUCAUCCUUGAACUCUUUUUAUGGAUAAAGAGUCUGUGUCGCACUGAGGUUGGGCUCUAGAUUUCAGAGUCCGAUGAGCAGCUGAUCCCUGAUUUUCCCCAUGUGGAUUGGUCCAAAAAUAUGGGUUCAAUUGAAACUCGUAAAGUCCGAUGAGAAGCUGAUUCCUGAUUUUCCUUAUCUGGAUUGGUCCCAAAAUAUCAGUUCAACUGAAACUGAUUCCCUACUUUGCCACAUCCGGUUGGCUGGUUUGAUUUUGGCUACAUCAAAAACUAUCUAUUGCAGCAGCAACAUUUUGAGCUCUUAUCAAAUUAGGAUUAGUUCCUAAUCUAGAUUCUGAGUGUAUAUUGGAUUCUAGUCCUGGAAGCAUCAAUUUCCUUGCCUUGUCUAAGUCGAUCUCUAGUUUCCUAAUAUGAUGCUGCUCACCACUUGUCUCAAUCAGUUAGGGAUAG